CAGAUGCCGUAAUUAUCAAAUCGCUCAAAUCAAUCUGGAUCGUCCUAAAGAAGCUGCCUAGACUAUGAACAAAUCGCAUCUCAGUCGGACGAACAAUCCGCAUGCGGUUGUGACCGCAAACGACAUCGGAAGUUUUGUCUCUGUUCGCGGUGUAGGCAAAGGAAUUCUGCAUUAUGUUGGAGAAGUUCACGGCAGAGAGGGGCUCUAUUGUGGUGUCGAGUUGGAAACACCAACUGGAAAACAUGAUGGAACUUAUCAGGGUGUCGUUUACUUUGUGUGCCCACCGUACCACGGCAUCUUUGCUCCGUUAUAUCGAGUGGAACUCGACGAAAUCGACGAUGUUCCUAUGUUGACCGCUUCGCAGACCGCCAAAACUACGGAGAGAUUGUCCCGUUCGGCUCUACCAGCUCUACAACUUCGAAACGUAUUUCGGCCUGAGGAUCCAAUGCAAGCAUCAAUCGUUUCCGAACAAAUGAUGGAAGGAUCGACAUUCUCGAACGUUUCGUGGGGCGAUCCGGAUGCGUCAAUGUUGUGCUCUAAUACCACAUAUAUCAUCCCACCAGGGCGUAGUGCCUUGCUUGAGCCUGAAGAAUGUGAUUUGAUGAGCAUUUCUGCGCCGAAAUCGAUCCUACACGUAGAUCGAGCGGAGGAUAGACGAGAGGAAGAAGCCGUAUUAGGUACGUCAAUAGUUUUGGACGAGUCACGUGUUGGCGUCGAGAAUCUUCCGGUUGUUGAAGACGAUGACGUUGAUGACGAUGACGAAGAUGAUCUGCAAACACCCCUAGUCGAAACUCAACAAUGGCAACCUUCGUUGACGAAAUUUGCCCCACCGCCUUCGAUUCUGGAAUCCUCCGUUGUGGUGACGCCACCAUCGGCUCCCCCAGCUAAUGUGUUACAAGAGAAGACACUUAAUGUUUCUCCAGUACGAGCGAAUUCGAGACAAUCCGACGACACCGGUUACAAUGGCGAAAGUGAUGCCAGUCGUAUGGAGCAUGAAGACCGUAUUCGUGCAUUGAGCAAACCUAAACGAGUGACCGCUAAGAAAGAGACAUUACCGGUAACGCGACGACGUACCCAGCAACGGAUCUCACCUCCCCAUAAGGAAGACGACCAUACGCCGGAGAAAUCGCCGAAGCCCCGUAGAAGAAGAAUGGAAAAAGAGCCUCCUCCACCGCCGAAAUUUCCCGUGAAACCUAAGCCACCAUCGAAACAUCAGCUAAUGAUGGAAGCUAUCAAGGCCUCCAUUGAAGCGGAUAAACAUAAGCCGAAGAAAGAAAUAAAAUCUCGAAUUUCAUUACUGCCACCGCCACGAGCUCCACCUCCACCACACAGCGAGAAUGGCACAGACGAAAAAAUGUCGGAAACCCCAAAGCGAGUUACCAAACAUCCUUUGAAGAGUGUGAACGCUAUGCCACCAAAGCCAGCGGAACCGCGACCAAAAAAGGAACGUAAACCGCUUUAUGUGCCUCCACCUCCGAAAGAGCGUAAAGAAGUGAAGACAUCGACACCAAAUGUGAAAGCAACCGAAAAGCACAUUGAGACUCCGAAUGUCUCUAGGAUUGAGGAUACACCAGCUCGUCUUGGAAAAAGCAAACCGCAGUUCCCAACGUCGUCAUUUGCAGGUGGAAGGCCGAUGGUAAAAACGCGGCAUAGCUCUACGAAGCUGAAUGGUACAGCAGCACCCACAGAGAUCUCAAAUACCGAAAAAUUGCAACGACUGCGAUUCGCCACCCGAGCUUUUGAUGCGAUUUGUAUACUUAUCGCUAAGUCAGAAGCGGAACGUGAACGAACGCGGCGAGAACUGGAGGAAGCGAAUGAGAAAAUUGCUCGACAAACAGAAAUCCUCGAAGAUUUGCGGUCAUGUCUGGGUCAACGCGAAAAAUUACAUCACGACGAUUUGGAGCGACAUAAAAAUCACAACGAACAAGUGGCCAGAUCUCAUGCUGACACUGUCGAACGACUCAAGGAACGUUAUGAAGCGCAGUUGGCUGAAAAAGCAAAGGAGAAUGACAGAGCUCUAGAAGAUGAAAGAACCAGACAUGAAGCCGAGCUGGAAGCGAUGAGCCGGAGACAUCAAAAGGUUGUCAUUUCUUUGGACGAGAAAAUUGCCGAAGGAGAAAAGAUGGUCGAGAAAUUGACAGCCGAUAAGAAAGCGCUUCAAAUUGCUCUGGCAAAUGACAGCGACCAGCGUAAUCAGAUGCUUACCAAGGAGAUCAACUCGUUACAAACAGCUUUGGAGUUCAAAAGUAGCGAAAUGAAAGAUCUACGACAGAAGUAUCAACAGGUGGCGUUGCGUGUAGAAGAGAUCCCGAUAAAAGAACUUGAGAUCACAAAACUCAAACACAAAGUCAUUGAGCUGAAGCAAGCCCUAGAUCAGAAGCUGAGCUAUGAAAAGAUACUAGUCCAUCAGAAUGAAGAACUCAAGCGACAACAAUUGGCAAUUGAGGAAGAACGUGAAAGCAUGCAACGAAGCUUUGAUGUGAUGGUUUAUCGCUAUGAAACUGGUGAUGAACUUGAUCAAAGCAUUGGUUCUCAGAAACAGAAACAAACUCCAGCGAAAGUGCAGUUCCGUUCACGAUCGAGCAAUUCGGAUCGGCCACAAAGCGCGAGACUAUCUCAGAUCUCCUGUGAUAUGGACCGAUCAGCAGAUCGUGAUUCGUUAAUUCGAUCUACCGUAUCCAUGUACGCGUCCCAAGUUCAACUCCCAGAUAAUCACGCCGACGAUGUUAUCUACGCGCCAGAUGAGAUAAUUACCAGUAGUGUUGUUUACAACAAUCGUGCUCCGACCUCAUCGUACUGCUCCAGAGAUGACGUUGAACGGAGUGUGAACGGGAAUCUCCAUAUGCAAGCGGAUUCCGGCAUAGGAUUAUGAUGUGCGUCAUACGUGUCAUUUGAUCUCAGUAUUCUUUAAAUGCCGACUAACUCUUCAGUACUUGUUUGUUUGUUUGUUUGUUUUUACUCAAAUUUGCAUUGAUCUACUCGAUCAUUACCUGCAACAGCCAUGUUCAUGAUGAAAUGACAAUUAUUGUUGGUUUUUACCAUGCCGUCUAGCCUUUUAUAUCUUAAGCGCGCUUUGUGUGCUUUCCUCUGCUCUUUAGGAAGAAACCACUGAUUUGCUUCGUAGAGAAACUUCUCGUUUGCGCCUCUCACUACCAGCACAGCCUAUUCUACCUAUUCUCUCUCCCCAGUGUGCGCGUGUUGUCAUUUCGUUUUGUUUUCUUUCUCUAGCAUUUGACAGAAUGAUUUGUGACAAAUCGUUUACAUUGAA